AUGAUAGAUGUACCUUAUGAAUUUAUGAAUAUAAAAAAUUAUGAGUUUCUUUACAACAAUUUAAAAAUUAGGAAUGAUAUGAUUAGAAAUAAUGAUUAUAAUAUAAAUAAUUAUAUUUAUGAUGUGUAUAUCUCAAAAUUAAUUUUUGUCAUGGUUAAUAUUUAUAAUGAACAUAGUAUGAAUAAUAAUAAUAAUAAUAGUAAUGAAUAUAUUAUUAAUAACACACAAAAUAUGUAUAUGAUAAAAAAUAUAUAUUCAUCAAAUAGUUAUGAAGAUGGUAUAUUAAAUAAUAAAGAAUAUAAUCAUGCAAGUUUAAUAAAAAGUAAAAGAGAUAAUAAACUUCUGUGUUAUAACAAAUGUAUUAGGAGACACAAGAAAAUAAAGCCAUAUGAAAGAUCGAAUAAGGAGAAUUGUUAUAUGAAUGUGUUAAAUUUAGUGAAUAAUAUAAGAAAUUUGAGGAUCUCCAAAAUUAAGAGAAAAAAGAAGAGAAUAAAUAUAAUAAUGAGAAGAAAAAAAAAACGAAAGAGAAAAAAAAAAAGGAGUAUGAUAAUAUUAAAUAAUGAUAAAAAUUAUAGUAUUAAUAGAAAUAAUUGUUCUAAUAAUAAUUAUAUGGAUAAUAAAAUUUAUAAUAUAUUAUUAAAAAAUAAUAAGAUUAUAUAUAUGAAAUAUGAUGAUACCAUAAAUGGUGAAGAAUCAAAAAAUAAAACUAAACUAUUUGAUAUGUUGAAAUAUUUAUCAUCUAUAAAAUACAAGAGUAAUAAUAAUAUUUUGUGUCCAUUAAUAAAAAUUAAUACAGACAAAAAUGAAUAUAAUAAAAAGAAUAUUAUUAAUUAUUUGAAUUUUGAUAGAACAAUUUAUUUUAUAUUUAAUCAAAUAAAAAAAUUAAUUAAAAAAUUAAAAAAUAUAUUUAUUAGUAGAAAUAUAAUAUAUUACCGUUAUUUUAAAAAUAUAACAUAUACUAAUAUAUGUAAAUACAAAUAUUAUAUCAGUAAUUAUGUUAUAUCCUUCUACUAUAAUUAUUUACAUAAUGAUUAUUUUCACAGUCAAAAUUGUUUUUUAAAAUGUUUUAAUAAUAAAUAUAGUUAUAGGAAAUUUCUUAAAAUUUUUAUCCAACUUUUUUUGGAUAAAAUAUUAUGUAUACGUAAAUAUAUAAUUAAAAGAAAAAAAAAUAAAAAUGACAGUAAUUCUAAAAAAAAAUUAAAAAAUAAAAUAAAUAGCAUAAAUAUAAAAACAAAAAAAUGUAAAAGAAAAACACUUAUUGAUAUUCUUAAUACGUUAUCUCUAAGUGUGAAUAAUAAGAAUUAUGUAGUACAUAAUAAAUAUAACCCUAAUAAAAAUUAUAAUCAUUUUAUUAAAUCAUAUGUUAGAAAAAUUUCGCAUUCGUAUUUUUCAAUAUUAUCUAAAAGGUUAUUAAAUUAUUACAUAAAUGAUAUGAACAGAUAUUAUAAACAAUAUGAACAAGUGGAAGCAAUAAAUAUGAAAAAUAAUUAUUAUAAUACUUAUAUGCCUACUUUUGAUAGUACAAAUAAUAGCUGCUCAAAAUAUAAAUCAGACAAAACAUCAAUUAUAUUUAAUAGAAAAAAUAAAAUACAGCAAAAUAAUGAACAAAAUUAUUGUAAAAUAAAAUUACCUAAUAAGCGUAAAGAACUGAACAGUGGUGAUAAUCAUGAAAUUGUUAUGUGUAAUAAAAUAAACUAUAAAAAGUUUUACAAGAAUCCAUUCACAUAUAAUAAUAAUAAUAAUAAUAAUAUUAUAAAUGAUACCUAUAGAUACUUAUUUAAUGAACGUAUUUUGAAUAAAGAGUGUAUAUAUCUAAAUGAUCAAAACGAAAAAAGAAGUGACAACUAUUCAGAUUAUUCUAGUGAUAAACAAGGUGAUAUUAAUGUUAAAAAUAAUAAUGCAGACAAUAAUAAUAAUAAUAAUAGUAAUAAUAAUAAUAAUAAUAAUAGUAAUAAUAAUGAUAAUCAUAAUAAUGAUAAUAAUAAUAAUGAUAAUAAUAGUAAUGGUAAUAAUAACAACAAUAAUAAUAAUAACAACAAUAACAACAACAAUAACAACAACAACAACAACAACAAUAAUAAUAAUAAUAGUAAUAAUGACAAUGGGGAUAAUAACAGAAAUAACGAUAAUGAUGAUAAUGAUGAAGGUAAAAAGAAAGGUGAUGAUCAUGUUGUUAAAACAGAUGAAGAGGAUAAAGAUGAUGAUGAUAAUGAUAAUGAUGAUGAAGAUGUUAGAAUAGAACCAAAAGAUAGAAAUGAAAAUGACAGUGAAAAUAUAAAUCAUAAUGAUGAGGAUAAUAUAAUUCAUAUUAAUGAUGAAAAUAAUGCUGAUGUACUAUAUGAACAAAAUAGUGAUGGCAUAUUAAAUGUUUCAAUUAAUAAAGACAAGCAACUGAACAAAAAUAUGAAUGAUGAGAAUGGUAUAAAUAAUAUGAACAAUAUGAAUAAUAUGAACAAUAUGAACAAUAUGAACAAUAUGAACAAUAUGAACAAUAUGAAUAAUAUGAAUAAUAUGAACAAUAUGAACAAUAUGAAUAAUAUGAACAAUAUGAACAAUAUGAAUAAUAUGAACAAUAUGAAUAAUAUUAAUGAACACGAAAAUUAUUAUCGUCUUAUAAAAGAAAUUGAAUUUCUAGAAAGAAAAGAAAAUAUGAAAGAAUGCAUUAAUCCAAACAUAAAUGAUUAUGUUGAUAGAAACAAGAAUCAUAAUAAAGAAGAGGAUAUGAUUGAUGAAGAAGAGUAUAAAAUAAAAUUAUGUAAUGAUGAAAAUGUAAAAAUAAAAUCAGAAAAAAUGGAAAUAAAAAUUAAAGAAGAACAUAUUAAUAUUUCAAAUAUAAAUCAAAAUCUUACACAUAAUAAUACUUCACCUAUAAUAAAUCAUCCUUUGAAAUUACCUUUAUUACCCGAAAUGAGCCAUCCAAAUGUAUUCUCAUCACAUUCUCCUAGAUCCAAUAAUAUAUCUAGUAAUAGUAGUAGUAGUAGUACUAGUAGCAGUAAUAGUGGUGGUAGUAAUAAUAGUAGUAGUAGUAGUAGUUGUGGAGGUUCACCAAAAAAUAUACCUAAUCAAUUGAAUGAUCCAGAUUUUGAAGAAGCAUGUGAUAUUAGACUUAUGAAUUCUUCAGAAAAUUUGAAGUUUUCUCAGUCUCCACCAACCAGUUCUUUACAUGCAUCGUCUUUACAUUUGACAGAUGUAAAUGAAUUAGUUUUAUCACCUAAUCAACAGUUAUAUAACAAUAGCCCAAUAAAGUCACCAACUAAUACACCAAUUCGUAGUCCUUCGUCACCCAUAUUUGAGACUAAUUAUAAUGAGGAAAAUAUCGAAAAGGUAAAUUCAAAUUAUUUAAUUUCUUCACCAUAUAGAAAUGAUAUUUUUUCAGAGUUUGAUAUGCUUGGAUCCUUAUUUGAAUCGCUAGAUGAAUUAGAAAACAAAAGUGAUUACACUGAAAGUAGUAGUAAUGAUAAUUGUAAAUAUGGCAAUGAUUUUUCAUUAGAUAAAUAUAAUAGUGACAUAAAAAAAGGAACUAUUGAAAAAGAUGAAAUUAUUUAUAAUUUCAAAAAAGAUAAUUUUAAAAAAGUAUUUCAUGCUUGGUGCAAUAAAGGAAAACAUGAAAUUAAUUAUGAUAAUAAAAAAUUUAACUCAGUUAUGGAAUGGAUAAAUUAUAUCGAGGAAUUAAUGUCUCAUGAAUUAGGUAUAACAAAGGAUGAUAAAAAAAAUGAUGAUAUAAGAGGUGAUAUGGAAUUAAGUGUAGAUAUAUUUAGCAACCAAGAUAAUUAUAGCGUUGAUGAACAAAAUCAUGUAAAUCAGAAUAUAGAAAGUGAUGAAAAUAUUUUAAUUAAUAAAAAUAUAUCAACAAAUAUAAAUCAUCAAAAUGAAGAUGAUUUUAUAAGUAAUUCUAAUGACCCUUUUAAUUUUAUCAAUGAACAUAAUAAUAAUAAUAUGGUAGAAAAUAAUACUGUCUUGAAUGAUAAAAAUAUUAUUCUCCAUAAUAAUGACAUUGUAGAAGAUACAACCACAUCAAAUAGUAUGUCACCUCUUAAAUCUGGAUUUAGUGAUAUUACAUCUUGUGUUAAUAAUUCAAAUGAUACUGUCAAUUUAUUUUCCGAAUAUAAUAAUGCUGAGGAUCAUGUUACCUAUAGUAAUCACCACAAAGAAAAACAACAAGAUGAAGAUACUUAUUUUAAUGAUCAACAUAUUAUAAAUAACAAAAUCCCUUGGAACCAUUCAGAGCACAAUUUUGUAUGGAAUAAUAAUGAUAUUGAUGAAAAUGAUGAAAAAAAUGAUCAUCUUAAAAAAAAAAAUGAAAUAUUACAACAAAACAGUGACUUCAAUAAUAUAUCAGAUAUAAAUACGAACGAUUUUGAUAUCAAUAGUGUUGAAGAUAAGGGUGUUAUAAAUAUACAAGAAAAUUCCAAGGAUAAUAUAACAUCAUCCAAUUAUAUAGAAGUUACAGAUCCUUGGAAAAAAUAA